AUGAGAGAAGAUGUUUUGCGUCGAGCCCUUCUUGAUCCUGAAGGUGAAGCAAGGAGGCGGCGUGUUCAAGCCAGGAGGCGCCAGGGCCGCCUACGUUGGAAUUUCACUGGGCGAACUCUCAAAGCGCGCAACGAUCGCUUUCGGGAGCACGAGGUUGACCUGGAAUGCCGCCGGAAGCUUGCAUAUCGUUCCAGAGGGCAAUUUCGAGGUCGAAACGAAGAUCAAGGUGAUCAGCAAAGUGCCAAACAAAGGCAGAGUCAGGCAAUGAAACCAAUUGCAGAAGUUGCGGGAAGAACCAUGCAGGAGAAGUGCCAACAAAACAAGGCGCAAAAGCGUCGCAGGAAAGAAGUCAAACGACCGGGGCGACAGUUGUCGCCAAUUCGCUUCCCGGAGCUUCCUAUUCUCAUUGCGGAUCAUGAAGACCACGACAUGUUCCCUGCUUUGUGUGGUGCGAGGAAGGCGGCGCCUUUGGUGGUCCGAACUCAACGCGACUGCCGCAAGGCGAGGGCACAAGAGUUGGAAGUAGCGUGUGAAACUUUCACACAAGAGCUUCAGAUUGUACAGAAGGAGCGAGACGAAGCUGCUCGAGAGCUGCGCCGUUGCUGCGUGGCUGAGGCAGAAGCAGUUGAAGAGCUACAGAAAGCUCUGACGGCGGCGUUUGGUACCGUCAUUGACUGA